UCGCACGUGGGGUUAACGACGCUGCCGCGCCCCGCUCCAUCCUCGAAGCGCUAGGGCUUUUCGAGGGCGCUAAGACGAGGUAGACGAAGAAGGAGAGAUCGAGAUCAAUGGCGGGGGAGAAGGGGCUACCAAGCUUAUUACCUCACGAGGAGGAGGAGGAGGAGGUGGUGUUGGUGGAGAGAGAAGAGGCUAAAGAGCGCUCGUCCUCGCUAACUCCAUGGGAGCAACACUCAUCGGUGAUCAUCCUCCCGCGCUACGAUUACGCCGCCGCAUCCUCGCUUCUUCGUCGAUCUCACUCCGGUUUCCUCAUCACUUGCCCCAUAAAACGCGAGAAAAGUGCUACCAAGGAAGCUAUUUCCCUCCUCAAAGAGUAUGUCAACCACACUUGUGGCAAUGUUUCUGGAAAUUCAGAGUCCUUUGAUGCAAAGAUUAAGAAAAGGAGAGUAAGCUGUCAAGCGGAAAAUCGGGAAAAUGCUGGAGAUAUAGAAAGAAAUGGUAACAACGGUAUCCCAGAGGCUUCUGGUAAAGCAGAAGAAGUGCCGAGUUCCCUGUCUUGCGAGACAAGUGGGAAUGUACAAAGGAGUUUGAAUCUAUCACUGGUCAAAUUAACUAGGAGCGGGCUACUUCUUUUUGCAUUUCCUACUAGUAACUUUCAUCUUGUUGUCGAUAUAUUAUCAAAUAUAUUCCUUUCAUUGAGCUCAGGGAGGCUGAAAUCACCCCUUUGGUGCAAUCGUAUAUUUCCAAUUCAGGAAACUUGUUUGUUGCUGGAGAAAGAACUAGAAGUAGUUGUGUCGAAGCUAUUCCGAGAAUUUUUAGGAGAUGGUGAGGAGAAACUAGACAAGCCAAUCAGGUUUGCAGUUGGGUACAAUAGAAGAGGCGUUGAUGAGACGGAGAUGAAAACACUCAAAGAUACUGAAGGCUCGAAGGAAUCUACCUUGAUGGAUCGAGACCAGUGUUUCAGGGUUGUGGCUGGAGCUGUCAAAACUGUUGCGAAAAAUUCCAUAGUGGAUCUGAAAUCUCCUGAGGUUGCACUUCUUGUAGAGCUACUUCCUCUUUCGGGGAUACCCCAUGGAUCAUCAGUGGUUGGAGUAUCUGUUCUUCCAGCUGAGCUUGUAUCCACGAAGCCUCGUCUCUGCAUAAAGUCUCUUGUGGCUAAUACAAAAAUGACGAAGAGAGUAAGAUAAAAUAGGAUGAAAAUUAUUCCUUGCAUGAUGGAGCAGGGAAAGCGGCAGUAAUGUCGUGCUGAGGUGAUGGGCCUCUGUUGACACACUUUGGGACCCUGGGUUAUUGUGUCGGUACCACACAAUAUAAUUCACUGAAGGUUUUCUUUACUGAGGUGAUGGUCCUUUGUUGCAGAUAAUUUUAUGAGUGCUUUUUUUUUUUUUUCCCCAUUUUGAGUUUGUAGCAGUACUUGUCUAAGACAGACCUUUGGGAUUGUAGGUGAUCAAGAGAAAUGUAUUGUACUGAGUAGUUAACUGUUUUCAAGUCCCCAGCCUACCCGGAUUUUUUUGCAUUCCUUAUCUAACCCUUAUCUUCUGGAGUUAUUUUCUGUUGACACUUUGGCCAUCAAGUCAAUAGCAAAGUAUUCAUAUUAAUGCUAUGA